AUGUGCACCGCGAUGGACAACGUGUUCUCUGACGUCGACUGCUCGAGCUGUGACUACUCAUUCACCGGCACUGACGACGAGGACUCGCGCGCCACCUCCCCGGCACACGAGCACGCGCUCCUGCAGCAGCCCCAACAACAGGAGCACGAGCAGCCCCAGAAGAAGAAGCAGCGGCGCGGCCCUCGCGCGCGCCCCGACGGCGCCGUGCACGUGGCCAAGAAGAACCGGCGCCUGAAGGCGAACGACCGCGAGCGCAACCGCAUGCACAACCUGAACGGCGCGCUGGACGCGCUGCGGAGCGUGCUGCCCGCGCUGCCCGACGACACCAAGCUCACGAAGAUCGAGACGCUGCGAUUCGCGCACAACUACAUCUGGGCGCUGUCCGAGACCAUCCGCAUCCACGACAGGGCGCGCGGCGCCUCACCCCCCAGCCCGGGCAGCGACGCGCGCUCCUGGGCGUCCAGCGCGUGCUCGUCCGCGUCUUCACCGCCGUACAGCGCCUCGGAGCCCGGCAGCCCGGAGGCGCCGGAGGACUACGGCUUCGUGCAGGCGGACGUGGUUUACAGCUACCACCCCAACUUCCUCCCCUAUGACUCCUACUAG